AUGCCCACAGCCAGCGUGGACCCGGCGAUGGCCCGGCAGGUGGUGUUCCGGUGCUCGGUGCCGUACUGCGAGCGCUCCUUCGGCGACAGCUUCUCGCUGGCCGAGCACCUCAAGAAGCACGCGGGCGAGAAGCGCCACAUUUGCCCGGUCAAGACCUGCGGCCGCCGCUUCAGCACGCCCGGCAACCUGUCGCGCCACAAGCGCCUGCACGGCCCCAUCCGGCCGCUCGAGUGCCCCGUGGCCGGCUGUAUCUGCACGUUCCGCAGCGAGAACAAGCUCUCCAAGCACAUGAAGUUCCACCUCGGCAGCCCCGUGCACGUGUGCCCGUCGCCCGGCUGCGGUAAGACCUUCAGUACGGCCGGCAACCUCAACCGACACAUCAAGGGCCACCACCCGGAGCUCGACACGCGCAACACCAAGCUCAUGGCCGCCAACAUGAACCCGCUGCCGGGCCUCGACGCGUCCUACGACAGCCCCACGUGCGCCGACGAGCUGCUGCAGGCCACAGAGCACAUCUCCAUGAUGACCGAGCUCCGGACGCCGCUGUCGCCCGCCUCCAGUGUGUCCACGGUGGACGUGGCCCCGUGCAGCCCCGCGCCCAGCUCGUCCUGCGCCUCCCCGGGCGCGUCGCCCAUACCGAGCAUGACGCCGCUGGACAUUGCGAUGGACCCGGAGCAGCUCGACGAACUCGUGUCCAUCCUGAACGAGACAGUGACGGUGGAGGACUCGCAGCCGAGCGCUGCACCCAGCAACAGUUUUCUGAACGAGCAGCAGUCGAUGACAGCGCAGCCCAGCGUGCUCGACGACAUGAUCCGGUUCCACAUCGACAACCUGCAGAUGUGA